CAAGGAUCUCAGCAGAACUUUCUGUCUCCAGAGUGUGGCUGCUGCACAAGCCAGACGGAGCAGCUCAUACUCCAUUUAGGCCUGAUCCAGCUUCUAAAAACAGAUACAGAACAAUGGCAGUGACAACCAGAUUGACAUGGAAUGAGGAAAAGACUCUGCAAAAGCUGCUCGGAAAUGUUUCCUUGAGUCUUCUUUAUAAGUCUAGUGUUCAUGAAUGUUCCAUUGGAGAGAUGCUUGAUAAGUGCGCUCAUCAAGGACCCACUAUAACAGUGAUUUACUUUCCCACCUCUAUUGUUGGGGUAUUUUUACUUGGGAAUUAUCCUCAAAAGGGUGAAUAUUGUAGACAUCAAAAUUCUUUUUAUUUUUCACUUAAAACUGAAACAACUAAAUUUUUAAAUGUGAAACCAGAAAUUGUUUCUGAAAAACUGGAAUUUUAUUCCUCUAAUAAUAUCAUUCUCUCCUUAAUUCCACACAACUCCCAAGUUUUUAUUCAUCCAUCGUUAAAGGUUCCAGGAGGAAUAAAAUAUCUCAAAACCAUGGGUUAUUUGGAAUGUGAAGUUUUUCGAGUUGAAGGAAUUAAGAAUAGUAAAGGCUACAUAAGGAGGAUAACAGGAGUUGCACAGUUCAGAAAUAAGCUCCUAUCAGAGCUCAGAGCCUACACACCCUGCACAGAUUUGGUUUCAGAAGUUAAUAUUCUCUUGCUGGGUCCAGUUGGGUCUGGAAAGUCCAGUUUUUUCAAUUCAGUGAAGUCUGUUUUCCGAGGCCAUGUGACUCGCCAAGCUGCAGUGGGGUCUGAUGUCACUAGCAUUACUGAACUGUAUAGGAUGUAUUCUAUUCAAGAUGAAAAAGAUGGAAAAUCUCUGCCAUUUACGUUGUGUGACACCAUGGGGCUGGAUGAGAAAGAGGGAGUAGGACUGUGUAUGGAUGAUAUACCCCACAUCUUAAAAGGCUGUGUGCCAGACAGAUAUCACUUUAGACCCCAGCAACCAAUUACAUCCAGCCAUCCUACCUUCAUCAUCUCUCCAUCACUGAAGGACAGGAUUCACUGUGUGGCUUAUGUUUUAGAUAUCAACUGUAUCGACAGUCUCUCUUUUGAAAUGGUGGCAAAGUUUAAACAAGUUCAAAAAAUAGUGUUAAACUAUGGUGUACCACAGGUAGCCUUGCUGACUAAAGUGAAAAAUUACCAUGGUGUUCUUCAAGAAGACUUUUUAAACAUGAAUAAUUCUAUGACUUCUCAAAGCCAGAUAAUGGAAAUCCAAGCCAUGCUAAAAAUUCCUAUUUCUAAUAUUCUGGUGGUUGAAAAUUAUGCUCCAGAGUGGGAGCAGGACCCUUUAAAGGAUGUUCUGAUCCUCUCUGCACUGAGGCAGAUGUUACGAGCUGCAGAUGACUACUUAGAUGAUUUGCCUCCUGGAAUAACAGAUGAAGUUGCAGGAAUGUCCCAGCUCAACAUGUGCAAUUAGUUGCCUUGUUUCUGACACUUGGCCCAGACCUGGAUUGGCCUGCCUCACUUAGAGUCAAUCUCUGCGGAUAGCCUCCUUGGGACUUUGCCGCCAUCAUACUUUGCCUUCUGUCCCUGACAGCAUCUAACUGAUGGUUCAUUCUAGGAUCAGUCAUCAUACCUUAAGCUCUAAGGCCAACUCUGAGCAGUGGUGGAUCACGAUAUCCCUACUGCAAACCACCCUUCAUAUUUCUGCACCACUUUCAAUUUACUUUUUGUGACAUCUUCCUAAACCUCCCCAGCAAAAUUACCUAUUCCCCUACCUCUUCAUCUAUAACACUUCAUUUAAAACUUCAUGUGCAUGGUAAUCAGAUUGAAUAAUAAUUAUACAAUGAUUACAUAGAUAUCUGCUUCCUUAAAUAAACAGUGAAUUCUUUAAAAAG